AUGUUAGUGGAGCGAGUGGCGCUACUUUGCGAAAUGGAACCACAAGGCCACGCAGCUCAAGGAACACCCGAGGUUAUAGCUUGGACCCGCCUGCUGGUGAAAAAUAUAAAAACACGUAAGUUGUUAUCACCUGAUGAAAUAGAACUCAUAAAAGCAGAAGCACUUAGGAAUUCCCCGAUUCGACAUAUUCACAACAUCAGGAGGAGCAUUCAGAUUAGAAGAACGCUAACUCUUUCAGAAGAUCAUGACCACCACAGCUAUAACGAGCAACCUAAUUCCGAACCGCGACCCACUGACCUACCAGAGGCCGACGAUGCCACCAGAGGGGUAUUAUCGCUAUUUGAGGAGAUAAAUCUGAAAUGGAAGGGAGUACCAAUGCAUAUAAGACCAAAAAUCAAGAAAAUGCAUCAUAACACCAACACGAAAGAGACAAUGAGAGUGAUAAACGCAGCUUUGGUAGAAACUAUCGCAUCCUCAUCGAAUUUUGAAGAUCUCUGCCACCUAGUGUAUUGUGCAGCCAUAGUUGCUAAUUUCAUUCAUCAAAUAAAAAUGACAGAUAACACCCAAGAAAACGGUACCCCACAGAGACCCCCGUGGGAAGAGCGAAUUAAUAAAAAAAUUAAUAUUUUCAGGAAGGAAAUAGGAAUUCUCCAUGCUUACUUGAAUAGCGAAAACCCUAGUGAACACGUGAAGAAGAAAGCUCAGAUAUAUUCCCAGAAGAUGAAGCUGAAGAGGAGUGACGCACAAUACCACCUAAGACUGCAUACCCGCAUGGAAACCUUAAAGCAGAAGAUUGCUGCCCUAGGAAAUAGGCUCAUGAUAUAUAGCAAGAGAACACGGCGAUACCGAGAAAAUAAUCUCUUUGCUAACAACCAAAAAGAAUUUUAUAGAAGACUCGAGGAUAACCAGGCCGACAUAGAUAAAACGCCGCCACAACCAGAAGAAAUGAGGCAAUUCUGGUCGAACAUAUGGUCGCAUGGGAAAGACCAUAACACUGAGGCUCCUUGGAUUAAAGCUGAGCUCGAAGACCACUCCGAUUUGAAUGAAAUGGCAGCAAUCCAAGUUACAGAGAAUGACGUUCGUGCAACCAUCAAACGAAUGAAAAACUGGUCUUCACCGGGAAUAGAUGGCAUCCAAAACUAUUGGUGGAAGACCCUGACGUCAACACAUAGGGUACUUGCGAGACUCAUAGAUACGGCACUUGUGAAGCCUGAUACCGUGCCAGAAUAUUUCACACAUGGGAUCACACACCUUUUACCGAAGAAAGGAGACUAA